AUGGAGGUCGACGCGAUCGACGCGUCGGGGGAAGAUUUUGAGUUCAUCUUCAACAAUGUCGUCUUCCCGCCCAAACUACCACAGCAAGGGGAUCAGGACGAAUGGAAACAUGAAGAUGGGCUCCUUGCAAUCGUUGAAGAAGCAAUACAAGCGUUCUGUGCGGAGGGCCCUCCCAAGUCGCGGGCUAUCUGGAGUUCUGUCGCUAAAACAGUUGAGAACAUGAAAACGGUCAGCAGAGGAGGCCUUGUGUCCGAAUCUAACCUCUGCUCUGUUUUGCAGACCGUGCAUGAAUCUGGGGUUGCAUGCUAUGUACGCGCUCAAAAUUGUGGAGUGAUCCUGCAAUACAAUCCCCGCACCAGGAGCGUGGUUGUGGACGCGUUCGAAGCAAGCUCAACAUGCGCGAGUGUGCUACAGGCGGAGGAUUGCCUGACGCGCAACUUUCCGGGGCGCAGUGUUGAAGUUCCGUUCGAAACUGUGGCGAAUCCGGAUUUUUGCAAAUAUCUCGCACGCGAAUUAGCGCGUUAUUCUGCAGAACGAGUGGACGAUAUGCUUCCCUCGACACGAAAGGCUAGGCAGCAUGUGACGGAGCAACGAGACACUGCUAGCCCGGGCCUUGUUACGGAGAAUCUGAUGAACCAACUGUUAGCGGUGGGGUCACAUAGCGCCCAUUCCGCCAUCACAAAAUGUUAUAAGAACUUCAUGUUACAAUUGAUCACGAGAGUUGGGACUCUUGCACUGGGCUUAGGCGACGCGACAACGCCAGAUGUUCUCAGCCUGAUAGCAACAAAAAUCGGCCGUCGUGCCUUCAAAUUGGGCGAUCAAAUUUUUGAUUUCGUGUCCGGCGCAACACGUACGGCUGUGCGGCAAAUUAAUACCCGGCUUGAGGAGAUGCGCCAUGGCACCAGGACCUUUAUUCCUUACCUACCUACAGAGGCGGCACCUGAAGACAUGUCGAUAUCCCUCCGGCAUAGUUUUGGUUAUUUUCAACGAGCCAUGAAUCCGUCGGCGGAAGCCUCAACAACCAACUAUGUGGUCGCACCGGGAAGAAGAAGAAUGCAUUUCGACCCCUGUACUCUGCCGAAACUACACGAGGCAUGUGAUUACAUAGCUCUGGUUGAUUUCGAACAAUGGGUCGAAAGCAACCUCGAUACCUGGGUCACAAAAAAGACAGCUUCGGAUCACACUUUGCGCUCCAUUGCUAUUCAAUUGAAAUUAUAUCUUCGAUUAGCAAGCGAAAUAUACUCGGUCAGCAAUCGAGAGAUGUCGCUGAUAUUUCUAGUUAUCCUAGAAUUAUGGGUUGCAAUGGAUAGGAUGGCCGUUCGCCUUUACCCUCUCCUGGAAGAGUAUUCGCCCCCGAUUCCGGCUGAUUUCCUGGAGCCGUUACUCUUGCCAGAGAUCAAACAAAUGGAGAGAGCUUGUAAAGUGGAACAUUAUCUUUAUGAGAGACACCGGAAUGCUGACCCGACGAAUCCUCCUAUCCUUAGCGAUCCCAUCAAGGACAGUUUUGCAGUCCGCUUCUAUGAUCGCUCGGAAGAGCACCAAGAGCUUCACGAGACCAUCGAACAGUGGGCCACUGACCAAAAGGCUGACAAGGAAAAAGAAUGGAAAUCAGUGACAGCCGAAUAUCGCAAGCUCUUGGCCAAAGCACACCAUCUUCCUCACCAAUACACCCCCAUUAGAAAGCAACAUAGAAUAAACCGUUGCACAAAAUGCCAGCUAGAAAAUGAGGCCGCAAACCUGUAG